AUGCAAAAGUGCAUACCUUCCCAACUUUCAGGGCAUACCCAUAGUUCUAUUUAUCAGAGUGAAUUUGAUGAAGUGCACCCUGCUAGGUCUAUGGACCAGCACCAGUCCCUUCUCCCAUGUCAUCUACAGGACAACACUGCAACCGAACCUGCUGGAUACGACACCGGACACGUUGAAGGAGGCCACGCGCCACAAUUCCGAGAGAUUCCACUCUUCCAGCGUUCAGUCACCUCUUCUGCUUGUAUCAGCUGUACGCCAUACCCGACUGACCCGUUAUGGGGCACCCCGGACCCGGUGGAUACCCGCCAUGCCAAGGGCAAAGCAGUCGCCAGAGGCAAGAGGUGCAGUGCAUCCACCUACUUCCUCUCACCAAGGCAUCUCUUCCCCUGGAUGAGAGAAACUCGGCAUGCCCCAAACCAGAGUGCAUCUGACUCCAACGAAUUAGGUAAAUAUAAUAUAAUAUUUUGUAUAUAGUACAGUGUCAUAAUGAUGAAUGUGCAUAUGACUGUCCAUAUUACUGUAGCCUAUAUUGCAUUUACCUAGUCUUCAAACAUAUUUUAUCAGAACAUUGCACACCUUAUAAUUUUGGUGCCAAAAGGGCAUUUGUGAGUUAUGACUUGCUCACAUGUUAACAUAGGAAUAAUAAGUAUUAGGCAAUAAUUACUGCUUGAACCUUUAUUUACAUAAUUUAGUGUUUAGAUGUUGCCUAUAAUUCUAUUUUUAUUGACCAGAAUUAUGCUAUAGCUACACUCUUUGAAAAAAAGGUGCUAUCUAGAACCUAAAAGGGUUCAUCGGCUGUCACCACAGAAUAACCCUUUGAAGAACCCUUUUUGGUUCCAGGUAGAACUCUGUUGAGUUCCACGUAGAACUCUUUUUCUCAGAGGGUUCUACAUGGAACCCAAAAUAGUUCUACCUGUAACCAAAAAGGGUUCUACCUGGAACCAAAAAGGGUUCUCCUACCCUCCUUUUAUAAGAGUGUAUAUACACAUACACAUGUUUGGUUACAUUUGAAGACAUUUUAAUAAUACGUUUGAACAACUCCUUAUGUUAGUUAUCAAUUCUAUCACACAAGAUCAUUUCCUCCUAAGUAGGUCAGAUAUUAAACCCUGAAUACAGUUGCUACUGACAGGACUGUUGUGGCACAUCUGACACUCUGAAGGUGGUUGUUUCCAGGUGUGGUCCCAAGGCACUCUUUAAGUGAUUGAGUUGACAGGUACGCUACUGCCGUGUGUAGAUUUGAUUAAUGCAUAUGUCAGAUGAUUCCCUUAGACCGUGUCUUUAGAAGGUGGGAACUUUCCCAAAACACCAUCAUCUGACACUAGCUGUAACUGUCCCUUGUUAUGUCUCAGACACUUUAGGCCAUGCCCUCAGCAAGGUUUAGAUGUGUUGCUUUCUUAGGGCUGUUGGUAGUGGGACAGGUCUCUCUUGGGUUAGUCAUAAACCCAAAGCAAUUGAUGCAAUUAAGGAGAGAAGAAAGCUUUGAAAUAAACACAUGUAGCCCUUUCCUGCAGUCAAUGACCAAAAGUGCCCUCUUCGUCUUCAUGAGUGGAAUGUUAUUAAUAUUUUUUAUAAUUUCAUAAUUAAUAAAGAUGAUUUCCUCUUUAUGACGAAAAUCCGGGGUUUCUAUGUCAAACAGUUUUGUUAUAUUUCAGUCUUCUGUGAUGUAUAUAAAGUGUAAUAUUGGGAUGCAAACUCAAAUUUGAAUACAUUUCAACUCUAUAUCUGACAUGGUACAGGUGUCUUCUUUUUUUAAGCCCAUAACCAUGUGUGUGAGGUGUAUACUUUUGUUUCAAAGUAGAUUUGUUUAAGACUACCAAGAAUCACUCUCUGUGACCCUGAUUUAGCCCACUGCAGUAAAAGGUUAAUUGACUCCAGAAAAGACACCUUAUCCCAGGACACUUUACAAGAUGACUAUUAGGAUUCCUAUGUCCCUCAGUUAAGCUUUUUCCCUUUUUAUGCAAACUAGGCAGAAGCUCGCCUGGGUGCACGCUCGCUCACUGACUUUUAAUUGACUGCUCUUUUACAUGUUCCUUUUGUCAUUUCCCCAGGUGAUUCAGUGUGCAGUCGUAACGAGGCUGGUGGUCUCCCAAGUAAAGGAAGAGAUGUAGGGCGAGACGGAGACAGAGAUAGAGGUAGAGACAGAGGGAGACGAGAGAGGACGGCAUUCACCAGUACUCAGCUAGUGGAGCUAGAAAAGGAAUUCCACUUCAGCCCCUACCUAUGUCGACCCCGCAGGCUGGAGAUGGCUGCAGGCCUGAGGCUCACCGACCGGCAGAUCAAGAUCUGGUUCCAGAACCGGCGCAUGAAAUACAAGAAGGAUCAUAAGGAGGACAGAGGGACAGAGACUGAGACACCAUCACCAUCCUGCUCUACCAGCCUAAGGUCCUCUGUUGGAGUUGGGUACUCAGGAUUCAGAAGUGCUUGUCUGGUGAGAGGGACUAGAUCUCCAAACCUUCUCUUCAUGAAUUAUGAUCGUACCCCUGCUUUGGGUUCUCACAGCAAGGCCAACACCAGUGAAUGUUUAUGUGUCACUCCCAUGGACCUUCCCCAUCUCACCACUGUAACUGCACCUGUCUCUGAUAGUCUGCAGUCAGCCCUUACGGUUGUAGACAGCAGUUGUUUGUGCACAGGUCUCUCCAAACUCACCCCAGGGCACCUAUCCUCUAAUGUUGAUAAUGACAUCAGUGCAUAUUUCAGAUGUAGGGGAUGCCUCUUAGACCUAGAACCUCAUACACUUACUCACCUGUGA